GGGAUCGCGGCUGGGAGUGGGGAAAAUGCAAGGCUAUGCAUGGGAGGGGAGGUGAGGAGAGGAAACGGAGUUGGCACAUGUUGACAGUACCCACGCGUGUAUCCGUGGCCGAUGGUUCUUCUUCAUCAUCCUCGUCUUCGCCCAAUUCGUUUUUCAAGGACGGACGUAAGAUCAGUGUUGGCGAUUGUGCUCUUUUCAAACCACCCCAGGAUUCUCCACCCUUCAUUGGAAUAAUUCGUUGUGUGACUACAGGCAGAGAGAACAAGUUAAAAUUAGGUGUUAAUUGGCUUUAUCGACCUGCUGAAAUAAAGCUUGGCAAAGGCAUCCUGUUGGAUGCUGCGCUGAAUGAAAUUUUUUAUUCCUUUCAUAAGGAUGAGAUUCCUGCCGCAUCGUUACUUCAUCCGUGUAAAGUCGCGUUCCUUCCUAAAGGUGUUGAUCUUCCGUCAGGGACUUCAUCUUUUGUGUGCCGGCGUGUUUACGACAUCACAAAUAAUUGUCUAUGGUGGCUAACUGAUCAGGACUAUAUUAAUGAGCGACAAGAGGAGGUAGAUCAAUUGUUGUACAAAACUCGAGUAGAAAUGCAUGCAACUGUGCAGUCUGGUGGCCGAUCCCCGAAACCAAUGAAUGGUCCAACGGCAGCACAGGUAAAAGUUGAGUCAGAUGGUGUCCAGAAUAGUGCCUCAUCUUUUUCCUCUCUAGUGAAGGGGAAAAAAAGGGAGCGGGGCGAUCAAGGUUCUGAACCUGUCAAACGAGAACGUGCU